UGUGUGCUCAGGUGUGCAGAGAUGAACCGUCUUUUGGAAGAAAACAGAGAGCUGCGGCGUGAACUUGAUGAGCUGCGGAUCUCUGAUGGCUUCUGUGGAGACAGUGAUGAAAAAGUCAAGUACUAUACGGGUCUACCAAACUUGGCAACCUUUAUGGCUUUGUUUAAUUUUCUGCUGCCUCUCAUGUCUGCUCAAAACAAAAUUCUCAGUCCAUUUCAAAUGCUUCUGCUAACCUUCAUGCGUCUGAGAUUGGAUCUGCCCUCAAAACACCUUGCUUAUCUCUUCCGUGUUUCACCAAAGACAGUGUACAGAACAUUCAAUGAAAUGCUGUCAUUUUUAUAUGCAAAUCUGAAGCGUGCUAUUAUGUGGCCAGAUAGAGACACCUUGCACAAAAUUAUGCCUCAUCAGUUUGUGGAGGCCUUUGGACAUAGAGUCACAGUGAUUAUUGACUGUUUUGAAAUUUUCACAGAGAAACCUGCUAAUUUGAAGGCACGUGCCCAGAUGUUUUCCUCCUACAAGCACAAUCAUACCAUGAAGUAUUUAAUAGGCAUAACACCCAAUGGAGCUAUAUGUUUCUUAUCAAAAGGGUGGGGUGGGCGUACAAGUGACAAACAUAUCACCUUGAACAGUGGCUUUCUUAACAUGUUGUUGCCUGGGGAUAUUGUGUUGGCAUGCUGUGUGCGGAGGUCAAGCUUCCAGCCUUCACAAAGGGGCGCUGUCAGCUGGAUGCUAAGGAUGUAGAAGAAACAAGGAAGAUUGCACAUCUAAGAAUUCAUGUCGAAAGGGUGAUUGGAAAUGUUUGUCAGAAAUACAAAAUAUUAACUGGAACCAUACCCAUAAACAUGCUAUUAACAUGUGAAGGCGAAGAAGUCACUUUUUUGGACAAGAUUGUCACCGUCUGUU